AUGACACAGAGAAUUUGCCAAGACGAAGUGAAGGAGGCUAGACACAAUAUAAAUGAACAAUAUUAUGAUGCAGGUGAAACGUCAAUUAGAUAUGCCAGCACUGUCCGACAAAUACCAAAUGAAGACAGGUGGUACUGUAAGGCUGAAUCAAUCUUGUUAUAUAAGCUUAGUCCAGCAAAUGACCAAGUAUCUGAAACAAGAGGUGCUGCUAUGCUGGAACAAACUGCUGCAGAUUGCGGAGAGCACAGUUUAGAAAGCAUUUUAAACAGGCAAAUGCACAGGUAUUCAAGCAGACAGAGGUUAAAUGUAGCAAUGUCCAGUAGCACAGCCUGGAAAUACAAGAAGUGUUAUAUCCAGAGUAAAACAGUUACAGAUAACCAGGUUGGACCAAGCUGGGUCCUACACCAAUGUGAUCCAAAACUACUUCAGGAGGAACCCCCAGAAGAAGACUUUCUUGAAAAGUUUAAAGAGUUCUGGAUGGGUAAUCCUGCAUUAAUAGGAACUGUCACAUCAGUUGUCUUCUUAAUUGUAUGUUGGACUAUCAAAGACAACCUAAAAAUCAAAGACAUUCAAGAAAAACAUAUAUUGAUCACCGGAUGUGAUUCUGGUUUUGGAAACUUACUGGCCCAAAGACUUUAUAGAAAAGGAUUUGGUGUCAUUGCAGCCUGUUUAACAGAAAAAGGUAGUGAAGAACUGAAAGCGUGUACAUCCCCUUCACUGAAGACUGUCUUAUUGAAUGUAACAAACCCCAAAAGCAUUGAGAGUGCCGUAGAAUUUGUCGCAACGGAAACUGGUCGCAAAGGAUUGUAUGGCCUGGUCAAUAAUGCAGGAAGAUCAACCCCUAUUGGACCUACUGACUGGCUGGACAUGGAGGAUUUCCAUCGAGUUCUUGAUGUCAAUCUCAUUGGCCUCAUUGAAGUCACAUUGAAAUUUUUACCUCUUAUAAAAAAAGCCCAAGGACGUAUAGUCAAUGUGGCCAGUGUUAUGGGAAGACUGGCAUUUGGGGGUGGUGGUUACUGCUUGUCAAAAUGUGGUGUGGAGUCCUUUUCAGAUAGCUUAAGGAGAGACAUGCAGCAUUUUGGAGUAAAAGUCAGCAUUAUUGAGCCUGGUUUCUUUAAGACUGGAGUAACAAGCCUUGAAAUCAUUGAAAAGGAUUUACAUCGACUUUGGGAUCGACUAACACCAGAGGUCAAAUGUUCAUAUGGAGAUAAAUACUUUACAAACUAUUUAAAAGUCCAGAGAUUAUCAAUGAACACAUUUUGUGAUGCGGAUAUAUCUAAAGUUACAAACUGCAUGGAACAUGCUUUGACAGCAAGAUAUCCCAAGACACGAUAUGGAGCUGGAUGGGAUGCAAAGUUAUUCUGGCUUCCUUUGUCUUAUGCACCAGCUGUGAUUGCUGAUGUCAUGUUGAAAUUGCUAUUACCACGACCUAUAGGUACCAAAAAGUCAUUGUCCAAAAAUCAGGUGGAUGUAUAA